CGGCUUGUUUGCUGGCUAGUAAGCAAAAGUUAUGCCAAUAACUGCUUUACGCCAUCUGUAUGCUCAUUCUUGACUUUCUGGAUCCACUUUUUUUUGUUAUUUAUUUUUCUUUGACAUGUCGCAAAGACUUCUGGAUCGGUUUGGCUCGUAAUUUUCGGCUCCAUCUAAAUCCAAAAUCGAAGGCGCUUCAACAAGAUAAACAAAUCGCAGACGGGGACAGGGCCUACGAGAAGUGCCGAGCUCUGGUAUGCUUUCUGCCAGGAUUUUACCAUUUUUAACGUCACGGUGACGGCGCCUAAACGCUCGAGCGACGUACUUCGCUGCUAUGGAGCGACACAAGGCGAUUCCGGACCCGCGAUGCUAAAUGACCUUCGAGCAACGUUGCAGUUGACAGUGCGUCGCCACCAUGUUCAAGCUAAAGGAGUUGGCCCGAUGGUUGGGCAUGACGGUGUUCGAAAUGUUCGUGCACCUCGUUUCCAUCACUCUCUUCUCUGUCAUGGUCGUCCUCAAGCUGGACAAGGCGUUCGACGUGUCCUGGUGGACGGUGUUUGUGUCGCUGUUCAUCUGCGAUGGUUUGAAUGCUUAUUUUUGCGUUAUCGUGUUCAUACGACAGUACAUCGAAGGCGUGUACAAGGCUGGUGCCUUUCGCGCCGUCUGGAGCUUUAUGCAACUGCUGCUGAUGUUUCUGUUUAAGUUACUCUUGUGCCUCAAGGCCGAAGGACAAAAGAGUAGCCUCGUGUACUCGGAAGUAUUUGCGCCGCUGUUUAUUUUGCUGAUGCUCGUCAUGGUGCGUGCCUGUCAUCUGCAUUGACAUGUGUUAGGAUUUUUUAAGUGACGUUUCUUGGAAGAGCGCGAGCCACGUCUGCGUAGGGCCGCUGCGUCGUCUGCGUAUCUUCACAGUGUAUCGUCUGUGGGCCAGUGCUGCGUCGUUUGCUGCUGUUAUCUCGUUGUACAAAGCUAACGAACGUUCCAUAACUCUUGUUUGCGAGAUUUAUUUACUUAUUUUUUGCGUUGCCCUCUUUAACUUGUCAGAGUCCUGUGAAUAAGGCAAAUGAUAUGUCCCGAAAACAUGUCAUUUGCUCGAUUGUCUCGACUACAUACAAAGUCAACGGAAUGCUGUUUAUAAAGUGCUGUUGCACUUAGUCGUCUUGCUUUGCAGUGAUAGCUGCAUGUGUUUUGCGGGCUGUUUUUGGUUAGUGACUUGAGCGUUGCACGUCUGUUUCACGAAAGAACUGUGUGAGCCAUCGUUUUCUAGUGUACAAAGAGUAUUUAUUGCUAUCUUGACCUCUUUUAAUGUAGUCAGAAGCUUGCAGCCACAAGUACGAUGCCCUAAGAUUCUUUUGACUGAAGUCUGCAUGUAAUAAAAACAAUUUCUUCA